AUGUCUGAAUAUUAUUUUUUCAGGCGCCCAGUACCUCGUUCUGCACACGUUGCUGCUGUUUAUGACAAUAAACUUUGGAUUUAUGCUGGUUAUGAUGGAAAUGCACGUCUGAAUGAUAUGUGGACUAUAUCUUUAAAUAGUGAACCAGUGUGGGAAGAAGUGCAACAAAAAGGAGAUUGUCCUCCAACGUGUUGCAAUUUUCCAGUUGCUGUAGCAAGAGGUUGUAUGUAUGUUUUUAGUGGCCAAAGCGGAGCCAAAAUCACCAAUGCAUUAUUUCAGUUUAAUUUUCAAUAUAAAACAUGGACUCGAAUUUCUACUGAACAUAUAUUGCGAGGUGCUCCCCCACCUCCACCAAGAAGAUAUGGACAUACAAUGGUUGCAUAUGAUAGGCAUCUGUAUGUGUUCGGUGGAGCAGCAGAUUCAACACUUCCAAAUGAUUUGCACUGCUUUGAUUUAGAUACACAAGUGUGGUCAGUUGUUAUGCCCGCUGCUGAGUCCAAUGUGCCAUCAGGAAGACUAUUCCAUGCCUCAACUGUGAUUGGUGACGCAAUGUAUAUAUUCGGUGGUACUGUUGAUAAUAAUGUCAGAAGUGGAGAAAUGUUUAGAUUCCAGUUUUCCAGUUAUCCAAAAUGCACACUCCAUGACGAUUUUGGAAAAAUCUUGCAGACUAGACAAUUUUGUGAUGUAUUGUUUUUACUUGGGCCUGAAGAAAUUAAAGUUACUGCUCAUUUGGCAAUGGUAGCAGCAAGGUCGCAGUGGUUGAGAGCUAAAAUAAGGGCUGCCCGUGAAGCUAGAGAUAAACAUAUUGAACAGUUAUUUGUAAAUACAAAUGAACGUCCACCUCCAUCUGAUCUACCAUUUUUAGAAGUUAAACUACCGGAUGCUUCUUCAGAUGCAUUUGAGAUGGUAUUGAAUUACAUUUAUACUGACAGAAUAGAUCCAACAGAAAAAAUUAAAGAUCCUUUCAGCAAUCAAAUUGUUUUAUUGAUGAUGGAUGUAUAUCAGCUCGCGGAACAGUUUUACAUACCAAGGCUUGAACAAUUGUGCAUUCAGUAUCUUGAAUUUACAAUAUUACCUUGCAAUGUAUUGGAAGCUUUACAUAAUGCAGACAAAAUGAAUUUAACUGUGAUAAAAGAAUUCUGCUUAAGAUUUAUUGUUAAGGAAUGCAAUUUUACUCAAAUUGUUAUGUCGAAGGAAUUUGAUACUCUCUAUCAACCACUUAUGGUUGAGAUUAUACGCCGCAAACAAAUGCCUCAAGCAAGAAAUUUACCCGAGAUGCAAUAUGAUAUUUCAAUAGGAACAACAUUGGAACAAGAUAUGGCAUUAUUUUUAAAAUCAGUAGGAAAUGAGUUUUGUGAUAUAGUUCUCGAAUUAGAUGGUUCUGCCAUACCAGCGCAUAAAAGCGUACUUGCUGCAAGGUGUACUUACUUUGAAGCAAUGUUCAGAUCUUUCAUGCCAUCAGAUAAUAGAGUUAAUAUACAAAUAGGUGAUAUAUCACCUUCCAGAGAGUCAUUUGAAUCUUUACUCCGAUAUAUAUAUUAUGGCGAUACUAAAAUGCCUCCUGAGGAUUCACUAUACUUAUUUCAAGCUCCAUUCUUUUAUGGUUUCACAAAUAAUAGACUGCAGGCUUUUUGCAAACAAAAUUUAGAAAAUAAUGUGACAAGCGACAAUGUGUUACAAAUUUUGGAAGCAGCAGAUAAAAUGCAAGCUAUUGAUAUAAAAAAGUAUGCUUUGCGAAUGAUAAUGAAUGAUUUUCCCACUGUGGCACGACAAGGAAAGAUGUCAAGUUUAACAAAAGAGCUUUUGAUUGAUAUUUUAAGAGCUCUUGCUGAUGAAAAAUAUGAUUCCGGACUAUGUGAUAUGAGCUUACAAGGAAGCAAAUAGUAUUCACUUAUACUAAACUACUUUUACAAGAUAAAA